UGUGUGUACCCGCACUGAUGGAGACGCUCUGAGGGUGACAGACAGUGGGAAAGUCCUCACCCUUCCUCCUCCCUCCUCCCUGAAGGCUGCACAGAUGUUUUCGCUCGCUCAGGAAAACAUCUCCACCUCCCCUGCUUCCACCAAAGGACCGGUCAAAUAUGGAGAGCUCAUUGUGUUGGGGUGUAACGGAUCGCUUCCCAACGGCGACAAGGGGAGGCGGAAAAGUCGCUUCGCUCUGUGUCGCAGGAACAAGGCCAACGGUGUGAAACCCAGCACCGUCCACUCAUCCUGCACACCUCAGGCUGCCAAGGCGAUCAGCAACAAGGAGCAGCACAGUAUUUCAUACACGCUGUCCCGGGCGCAGACGGUGGUGGUGGAGUACACCCACGACAGCAACACAGACAUGUUCCAGGUCUGGUUCACAUAUCUUUAUCUUCUUCUAUCAUUUAGUAAACUGACUCAGUGACAUAUUUGAUGGAUAUUUCAUAUUAAAACUGUACAAUGAAUCCAAACAGU